UUUAGAUCCAUCGGAAUCUUGCGUAAAAGAUUAUAUAAGAGAAAAGACAUAUAAAAAUUGAUUAUUUGUGUAAAUUGAAUUACUUUCUGUAAUAAUCACAAACUAGAACGAUGAGUCUCCUCCUAGUGAUAAUAUUCGCUAUUGUUGUGAUUAUAUUCUAUAAGAUUACAUGGAUAAUGUAUGUCUACUACACCAUGCGAAUAAAACUCAGCCAUAUUCCUGGAACUAAUCGUUCGUUAUAUCAAUUACUACGUAAGAUCAGACCAGAAGCGCAUAAGAAAUUGCUUCAAAACAAAAAUAAAAGUGGACUUUAUACAGUUUGGAUUGGACUACAUCCAAUAGUUUGCGCAAUUACACCAGAAUGUAUAAAGAGCAUUCUUCAAAGUAAGACACAUGUCGAGAAAGGGGAACAAUAUAGCUUCUUAAAACCAUGGCUAGGUAAUGGGCUUAUUACUGCUCCAGUUGAACAAUGGUAUGGAUAUAGAAAAAUAGUAUGGCCUACAUUUUAUUUCAAUAUACUGGAACAAUUUAUUGUCAUCAUGUCCGAAAAAACGGAAACUGCAAUAAAAUGUAUCGAGAAGGAAAUAGAGGAAAAUUCAACGAAAAUUAUUGAUAUUUUUCCAUUUAUACAACAAAUCACUUUCAACAUUAUAUGUGAAACUAUAAUGGGUAUAAAUUUGGAUGAUGAAGAAGUUACAUCUUAUCGAUUGGCCAGCAACAGAUUUUUUGAAUUACUUUCGUUGCGUAUAUCUCAAUCAUGGUUAUGGCUUAAUUGGAUAUAUGAUUUAUUACCCCAGGGAAAAGAAUUUAAAACAGUAAUUAACAUUAUGCAUAGCUGUUCAGAUAAAAUAAUACGACAGAAGAAAAUCGCACGUAUGCAAAACAUUAAAAUACAAAAUCAACAGGAUGAUUUUCAUAUACGAGACAAACCGGAAAGUAAAACUUUACUAGAUCGUUUUCUGGACAUAAAUGAGAAAGACAAUGUUUCGUUUCCUGAUGAAGAUUUGAGAGCACACGUAACUUCGCUCCUAUUUGCAGGUCAUGAUACAACAGCGAUUUCCAUCUAUUGGACACUUUUUUGUAUAGGCAAUGAUCUCAAAUGUCAAGAAAAGAUUCGUGAGGAACUGAAGGAGGUUUUCAAAGAUUCGCAAAGACCACCUAGUGUAAAAGAACUCUCGCAAUUAAAAUAUCUCGAAAGAGUUAUAAAAGAAUCGCGCAGAUUAUAUCCAAGCAUACCCAUAAUUUUAAGAAAAAUAUCAGAAGAUAUAAAAAUGGAUAAUUAUAUAGUUCCGAAAGGUACUUCGGUCGCAGUGCGAAUUCUGUUGGUUCAUCGAAAUCCAGAAAUCUGGUCGAAUCCAUUAAAGUUUGAUCCAGAUCGUUUUUUACCGGAGAAUUUGGAACAGGUACAUCCAUACGCUUACAUCCCGUUCAGUGCUGGACCAAGAAACUGCAUCGGACAGAAAUUCGCUAUAUUGGAAGAAAAGAUCAUAUUAGUAGCCAUACUCAGAAAGUGGAGAGUGAAAAGCAUAAAAACGCAUGAGGAAAUGACCGUAGAUAUGUCUGUGGUUUUAAAACCAAAACAGGGAUUAAUGUAUCUUCAUUCAUUGCCGCAAAAAUAGAAAGCUAUUAUGUUUAAAUGCGAAAAAUAUAUGUUUUAUUACGAUUAAUAAAACUUUUUAUGAAGAAGAAAUAAGAA